AUGGAAGAAGAUGAAGGCAAUGAACUACGCGAUUUUAACGUACCCAUAUUUUUCAAUCAGCCACGGCAUACUGAAGAUGUCCGAGGUUUAAAAAUGCUGGAGAAAUCUUGGAAGAUGACUGAGAGGAUGAAAACUGUAAGUGUAGCAUUAGUAUUAUGCUUGAAUGUUGGUGUUGAUCCUCCCGAUCUUAUCAAGCCUACUCCUUGUGCACGACUAGAAUGUUGGCUAGAUCCCCUAACGAUGAAUCCUAAUAAAUCGCUUGAAGCUGUCGGUAAUAGUUUACAGAAACAGUAUGAAAGAUGGCAGCCCAAGGCACGCUAUAAGCAGAGUUUGGAUCCUACGGUAGAGGAAGUCAAAAAAUUGUGUCUCUCCUUGCGGCGCAAUGCUAAGGAUGAUAGGGUACUGUUUCAUUAUAAUGGGCAUGGAGUACCUCGACCUACUCAAAAUGGUGAAAUAUGGGUUUUCAAUAAGAACUACACGCAGUAUAUUCCAUUAUCGAUAUAUGAUCUGCAAAGUUGGAUUGCUGGUCCUACUGUUUUUACUUAUGAUUGUUCUAAUGCCGGUGCUAUUAUUGACCAUUACUUACUUUUUUGUCAGCAACGACGUGAGGAAAGUCCUGUAAGUGUAAAAAAUAUUAUUGGUCCAUUAACUAAUCUUCCUUUCUUUACUUUAUUAGAUAAUUGUAUUCACAUGGCUUCCUGUAGCUCCAAUGAAGUAUUACCGUUAAAUCCAGAUUUACCAGCUGAUUUAUUUACAUCAUGCCUUACAACUCCAAUUAAAACAGCCCUAAGAUGGUUUUGCAUAAAUAAUAACAACCUUUUGGUACCUAAUAUAACUUUAGAAAUGAUCGAAAAAAUUCCAGGAAAAUUGAACGACCGAAGAACACUGAUUGGAGAACUAAACUGGAUAUUUACUGCUGUAACUGAUACGAUCGCUUGGAAUGUUCUUCCUACUAAAAUAUUUCAGAAGUUAUUUCGCCAAGAUCUGCUAGUUGCAAGUCUAUUUCGAAAUUUUCUUUUGGCUGAAAGGAUAAUGCGUUCUUUUAAUUGUUCACCGACGUCACAUCCGAAAUUACCAAGUACUCACAGUCACCCAAUGUGGUAUACAUGGGAUUUAGUCCUUGAUCGAUGUCUAUCUCAAUUACCAUCUAUUAUCAAUAAUGGAGAAGAAUUUGCGCAUAGCACAUUCUUUGAGGAUCAACUUACAGCAUUCCAAGUGUGGUUAGCGUUAGGAUCGAAAGAACGCAAUGUUCCUGAGCAAUUACCGGUUGUUCUACAGGUUUUGUUGAGUCAAAUUCACAGAAUUCGAGCUCUUGACUUGUUAGGAAAGUUUCUCGAUUUCGGCGUAUGGGCUGUAGAACUGGCCCUUUCGGUUGGCAUUUUCCCGUAUGUGUUGCGACUUCUUCAAAGUUCUGCUAGAGAACUAAAACCGCGGAUGUUAUUUAUUUGGACAAAGAUUUUAGCUCACGAUAUUAGUUGCCAGGUUGAUUUAGUAAAGGACGGUGCUUAUAAAUACUUUCUCCAAAUUCUGGCAGAUUCUCAAAUGCCGUCAAAGGAUAGAGCUAUGGCUGCUUAUAUAAUAGCUAUGGUAAUUAAAGAUUAUCCUACAGGAAAGGAGGCAGCUCAACAAAGCAAUAUUAUUGCUAUAUGCACCGAGUUGCUAGAUGACCCAAACCCUUUAUUGCGUCAGUGGGUAGUACUAUGUUUAGGAUAUGAAUGGAAUGGGUAUGAUCCGGCUAGAUGGUGUGCCGUUAGAGAUAACGCGUACGAGAAGUUAUCUCAUUUACUUGCCGAUGAAUGUGUUGAGGUUAGAGCAAGUGUUGUGUAUGCAUUGGGUACAUUCGUAAGUAAUAAAAACGAUCGUAAUGGCCAAGCUGAUAACAUUGAUCAAGGAAUUGGAAUGACAUUGGCAGCAUGUGUAAGGGAUGGCAGUCCGGUAGUGCGAAAGGAACUUGUUGUUGCAUUAUCUGGAUUUGUAUUGGAAUUUGAAUCAUAUUUCAUAUCCACAGCUACGAAAUUGGUAAGAGAAGUUGAGAGUGAGAAAGAUAAAAACCGUAACAACCAAAGUGGCCCUGGAGCACCUGGUGGACGGGUUUUGGUUCCAAAUAAAAAUACUGGUCUGACGCUGCAUCAGAGUACUGACAGCUCCCAUUCUCAGCAAUCACGUCGAUCUCGUUUAUUUAUGAGUCAGUCAAAUAAUUCUUUAUCGCCAGCUACAACUGGUGAUUACCAUCCCGCGCUCGAGCGUUUGUUGUCACUUCCACCUAGAAGUGUAUAUAAUAUGGUUUGGAGGGCUUUGAUUACGUUGCUUAAUGAUCCUUUUCCGGAAAUUAGCGAUCUAGGAAAGGAACUUUGUAACUACCUUAUGAUCAAGAUUACUGCUGGUAGCUCAAGCCCAACUGGUAGCUUACGGGUAAGCGAAUCAGUUUCUACAGAUAUUGGUGGAUUGGAUGAUAGUGCACUACACGCUAAAAAAUUCAGCAAGUACGUUAUUCUAAAUAAUUUCUCAUUAGACUGUUGGGGUAUAGAACGUAGUCAAUCACAACCGCAAAUGCCAAUAACUGAUAUACUACCUCAUUCUCAGCAAUUCUCAAACAAAAGAACAGUUUUUGGUCGAGGCCCAUCGAAUUCAGAUAGUAGUGAUGAUGAUACCGACAAUAAGAUAUAUAGAUUGCCUAAUGUAAAAACAGAGUUGGGAUCCUGGUGUUCAAGCCAGUUUCGAAAGUCUUUAUUAAAGCCUCUAAAUUAUUAUGAUCCGUCGAGUCAAGAGUAUUAUGAAAGUGAGUGGAAAUAUUUAUUUAAUGCUGAGAUUAGAGCAGAAGCUGCAGCAUCUUACCGAUAUUUAAGUAAGUGUAAAUCUCAAUUGGAUGAUGAGUGUUUUAUUCAAAGAAGUACUUUCCCACCUCAAAUAAUGACAUUUAUGGAAUAUCAGAAGGCCAUCAUCGUGGCUGGACAAAACGAAAUUAACGUUUGGAACUGGGAGCAGUCGAAUAAAAUGAAAUCGUUCAGGAAUAGCUUAAAAAAUUAUAAAAUAACUGCCUUGGAAGUUAUUAAUGAGCAUCACUCACCGUUGCUAUUAGCUGGAACAGAUGACGGUAGCUUACGGCUAUGGAAGCAUUUCGAUAAUGAUGACAACAAUUUGAAGUUAGUAACUGCUUGGAAAGGAUUGAGUGAAAUGCUAAGAUCCUCCUUUAGAAGGUCAGGUUUAGUAAUGAGCUGGGAGCAGCAAUCAGGUAAAUUAUUAUGUAGCGGUGACGUUAAAUCUGUUAGUAUAUGGGACGUUAGAAGAGAGACGAAAGUACAGGAAAUACCGACUGGAGCGGGCAGUUGUGUUACAAGUAUUUCCAGUGGAGUUGCUGAUAGAUCAUCGCUACUAGUGGUUGGUUGUGGUGACGGCUCAGUAAGGUUAUUUGAUCGAAGGCUACCUGCAAAUGAGAGCCGCGUUAAAACGUUAUUUGAACACAAGGCUUGGGUUGUGAAAGUUCACAGACAAAGUGGAGGAAAUGGUAACAUCAUUAGUGGCAGUAUUGCUGGUGACGUGAAAUUUUGGGAUCCGCGUUUCACUGAAUCUGUUAAAACGAUUGAUACUCAGCAUACAUUAAAUGCUAUGGACGUACAUAAGGAAGCCGAUAUUCUCGUUUGCGGCUCAACUAGCCAAGUGAUACAUGUUUACAAUCACAGCGGUGAAUUAAAUAGUGCAAUCAAAUAUCAUGAUGGAUUUAGAGUGCAAAAAAUUGGACCCAUUAGCUGCUUAGCAUUUCAUCCCUAUAAGGUUUGUAAACUAAUUUAA